CGUACGGUCGCGUGUCCCUGGCGCUCCAUGUGCUACGGCGGGCGAGUCGUCUCAGAACGGCUCAUCGACGGUUACUCUCGACGACAAAGACGAUCGACGUCUGUACUGUACUUCGUACGUGCUACGUCGCCUCUCUAUCGGCGUCAUAGACGGCCGUGCGAUGCAUUGUGCCGCGCGGUUAUGCGGCAAGGGCGCGGUUAUGCGGUGACAUCACUGGCCCGAGCGAGCAUUUACCACGAUGCACAAACCGCUGCUUUGUCGUGAGCAGCUGCGCCCAUCAACGUCGAACAAAGGAGUCGACUGGGCGGCGGCCAGGACGCGCCAAGUGAAAAGGGACUCGUAGCCUGUAGGCGCCCGCAAUGCAAGGCUUCGUAGCGCUCGCUACUCGCGACACAACCCAUCAGUCAGCAUGUCAGAGUUUACGCUGGUCGACGAGAUUGACUCGGGCGUGUGGUCGGCCUCGACAGCCGAUGUCGAGGGCCGCUUCCUCGCCCGCCGGGUCGCCGACUACCACCACCGCCAGGCCAAGGACAACGCAGUCCUCUUGGAGCUCCAACACGACUCGCUCGCGCGGGUGCUCAACCACGAGAACAUUGUCUCGCUCGUCGGCCGCGUCCGGGAUCCCGGGGCGGGAGGCGACUUCUUCGUGUGGGACUACUGCGACGGCGGGAGCCUCGACACGCUGCUCCGCUGGGUGCGGUGCGAGUCGACGCUGUACCACCUGCCCGAGGCCCUUUGCUGGCACGUCCUGCGCGCGCUUGUCCGGGCCGUGGCCUUUCUGCACGACGGCAAGCGCCUCGACGGCCGGCGUUGGACGGGAGACGCCGCCUGGAGCCCAAUCCUGCACCGCGCCAUCGAGCCGCGCAACGUCUUCUUCCAGCAGCCCCGCGGCGGCGAGGCCUUUGGGCCAUGCAAGCUGGGUGGCUUCGGCGACGCAGCCGUGACCGGGCAUGUCAUGGGAGGGGACGGCACGUGGCCGUGCAGCGUGGCGGCCACGGUCCAGACGGGCUGGGAGCCGCUCGAGGAGACGCGUCCCAAGAUUGCACGCGACCCGGAGAAGUGGAAGACGACGCAGCGGGCGUACACGCUGAGCGAUGAGCUGUGGUCCGUCGGCAGCGUCGUCUUCACCAUGAUGAGCGGCCGGCGGCUCGCCCUGACGUGCCAGUCGCGCGGCUGCGUGCACGUCGCCAAGUGCAGCGAGGGCGGGUGCCUCCGGGCGGCGGCGGAGCUGAGGGGCUGCCGGUGCGUGCUGGGCGGGUGCGAGCACGUACCCGAGUCGCGAGCCUGCACGCACGAUGUGUCGGACUGGCAUCAGCCCGAGAAGCGCAAGCAGCGGUGCAACGAGGCCGUCGUCAACAUCGACUCGUGGCUGGCGCUGGCGCGGUACUCGUGCUGGCUGCGCGACGCGGUCAAGGCGCUGCUCGACUUUGACCCCCACAGCAAGCUGCUGACGGCGGAGGCGGUCCCGUUUGCCGAGCAGGUCGAGGAGGGAUAUCGGGCGUGGGAGGAAGCUGCUGGUGCGAGUUGAUGGCGGCGAGCUGAAGCGAAUAGAUGAGUGAGAGAGAGAGAUGGCUUUGAAGUUGUUGCGGUGAGCAG